CUCUUCUCAGUCGCAGACGCUCGUAACUUUUCGGCACUUUCCGGGGAGACUCGGGGGCUCCGCGCCUCGCUCACUCUGUUCCGAUCGCCUGGCGCGGCGGGGCAGGGUCUCGGGCUAGUCAUGGCGUCCCCGUCUCGGAGGCUGCAGACCAAACCGGUCAUCACUUGUUUCAAGAGCGUCCUCUUGAUCUACACAUUCAUCUUCUGGAUCACUGGUGUUAUCCUUCUUGCUGUUGGCAUUUGGGGCAAGGUGAGCCUAGAGAAUUAUUUUUCCCUUUUAAAUGAGAAGGCCACCAAUGUCCCCUUCGUGCUCAUUGGCACUGGCACUGUCAUUAUUCUUUUGGGCACCUUCGGCUGUUUUGCUACCUGCCGAGCUUCUGCAUGGAUGCUAAAACUGUAUGCAAUGUUUCUGACUCUCAUUUUUUUGGUUGAACUGGUCGCUGCCAUCGUAGGAUUUGUUUUCAGACAUGAGAUUAAGAACAGCUUUAAGAAUAAUUAUGACAAAGCUUUAAAGCAAUAUAACGCUACGGGAGAUUAUAGAAGCGAUGCAGUAGACAAGAUCCAAAAUACGUUGCACUGUUGUGGUGUCACCGACUAUAGAGACUGGAAGGAUACUAAUUAUUACUCAGAAAAAGGAUUUCCCAAGAGCUGCUGUAAACUUGAAGGUUGUUCUCCUCAGAGAGAUGCAGAUAAAGUAAACAAUGAAGGUUGUUUUAUAAAGGUGAUGACCAUUAUAGAGUCAGAAAUGGGAGUUGUUGCGGGAAUUUCUUUUGGAGUUGCUUGCUUCCAGCUGAUUGGAAUCUCUCUAGCCUACUGCCUCUCUCGCGCCAUAACAAAUAACCAGUAUGAGAUAGUGUAACCAGCACAACACGGGCCUAUUCCUCUCCAACUUUAAGGAUAUUAACAUCCCCACCCCCAACCCUGUGAAUUACAAGAUCGCCUGGAUGGAAGACCGACAUUUCUUACAGAUAGAUUGAAAAACUAUACCAGUAGUCUGAUUCGAUCAAGACAUUUGCUUGAUAUGUUCGAAGUCCACCUUUUGUCCCAUUCAUGUUAGAUAGUUGAAAUCCCCAUGUCACUCUGAAACACUGGAAGAGCUUAGUAAAUUGUAAAUGAAGCAA